AUGGCGCCUCCACGAGCUCCUCGCAGCAUGACGUCGCAGCCUGCGCGCGACACCCGUAACUCUACUGUUGGGGCCAAGACGUCGCGCGGUGGCGGCAUUCAGAAGCGCCGCGGUGGCAGAACCCAAGUCGACAGGGACGGAGACCUUGACAUGGGUAGCGCCGCCGGAGGAAGUGGCACACGGCGACCAAACAGCAGAGCAGCCCCGGCUGACACGAACAACUCGCGACCUCGGGGAUCAACAAGAUCUGGCGCUCCCUCCGGCAAGCCAGGCUCGAAAGUACACCAAGCGAUUGCCCGACACUUGGACACUGGCGAUGGAAACGAUCUGGUAUCAAGGAGGAAGCCACAGAGCUCUGGCCUCGUCUGGCUGACCGUCAAGGGUCUGAAGGAGAGCAAGGCCGCAAGCAAUGAUGACGGCGGUCUACGUGAUCUGUUGAUGUUCCUGGAGCGAAAAGCCACCACCCUGUCCGGCCGCAACAAAACGGUGCACAUCAAGAAGUCGAGUUUGAGAGGGGACCUGGUCAACAUUGCGGCAAGCAAGGAAGAUGCGGAGGAAAUUCUCAAAGUCAAUACCUUCACGUUUGCUGGAACGCAGUUGGAGAUCUCUGAUAGUGACGGAUCGAUCGCCAAGGCGAACGAAGCAUCCGCGGCAGCGCAAGAGACAAAGCAGAAACUCCAAAGCAUCAUGUCACUCCGUUACGACAUGGAAAACAAGCUCUUGAGACUGGACGCCCUGAACCAGGACGAAGGCCUGAUACAAAUGGGAAUGCUGGAGUCUAAAGACAGAGCCGAGAAGCUCUUCAAGGUCAUGAUGAGGAUUUGCGACGAGCUCUUCAAGACACCCCAAGCCAAGAUCGAUGCCAUCCACAGCAUCAGCCUGGCCAACAAUAACAUCGACACUGUUGCGCAAGUCGAGGAGAUGGCGGAUACGUUCCCCGAUCUCAAGAACCUCGACCUCAGCGGGAACCAGAUCGUGUCUGUCGCGGGCCUGUGGAGAUGGCGCCAGAAGCUCAAGAAGCUAGAGACCCUGUACCUGACGGGCAACCCACUGCCAGUCGCGGAGCCCAAGGUGGUGCUCGAGCUGUUGCACUUCUUCCCCAAGCUGCAGGUCCUGAAUGGUGAGCAAUUGACACCAGAACGGAUUGCGGAAAUCAAGGCAGCAGGUCGACCAAAGCCGAUUCCCCAGCGCGGACCCGACUUCCGUGACGUAGCCGGCAUCGGAGAGGCCUUCCUGCUCGAGUUCUUCCUCGGCUUCGACACGGACCGCACAGGUCUACUAGCCAAGUACUACGACGACAACAGCCAAUUCUCUCUGGCUGUGGACACCCAUUCCGUCAGGGACGAGAAUCUGCCACAGCCGCUCCCCUGGUCUUCAUACAUCAAGCAGUCUCGGAAUCUGAUGAAGAUCACGACCCCAGCCGCCCGAGCCGCGAGGCUCAUCACCGGAAGGGAGGCGACGUGGAACCUCUGGAACGACCUUCCGAAAACACAGCACCCGGACAUCAAGUCGGACAUCAGCAAGUACAUUAUGGACUGCCAUCUCCUGCCUGGUCUCGCCGACCCGACCGGCCAGACCGCCGGCGGAGUUGACGGCAUGAUCAUCUCCGUGCAUGGCCAAUUUGAAGAAUGUGACAAGUCCGGUAAGACGGGUCUCCGAAGCUUUUCUCGCACAUUCGUCCUGGGACCCGGACGACCCAACAGCAACCCCAUUCGCGUCGUGAGCGACAUGCUCUCCCUCAGGGCCUACAACCCGCUCCCCAACAUCUUCGUUGCCGAGGGCCAAGCCCCGUCAGCGCAAGAACAAGAACAGCGCCAGGCCAUGAUUGUCGAACUAUCAAAGCAGACGACAAUGACACCCACAUACUCGGAAAUGUGCCUGUCCGACGUCGCGUGGGACUUCACCAGGGCCUUGGCAGUCUUUCACGAGAAAAAGGCACAAUUGCCAGCCGAAGCAUUCGCCAGCGUCUAG